AUGACUGCCAAAGCGCGCUCUGCGGCGCACUCCCCCCCCUGCCCCGUCUUCGCCAGCAGCACGCUCGAAUGGACUCCGCUCGGCCGCUUCCACCGCUUCCUCGGCGCCGCCUCCCUCCCCCGCCGCAUUCAGCGCUUGCGCCGCCGGCGCCACCCUGCUGCGCGCAAGGUGCUCGGCGCAAGCCGACAACGGCGCAUUCCGCCCUCCUUGUCAGCUGCCGCGCGGGGAGACAACCUCCUACCCGGAGGCGCUCUGCCAUCGGCGGAUGAUCCACAGGCGCCGCAGCAGGAGCAUGAGCAGCGGCGGAGGCGCAGCGAUGGGCGGCGAGUGCGGUUCGAUUUGGGCGACAAUGACGACGAUGAAGCUAGGAAAGAGACGAACGCUGGCGACAGCAGCAGCCGGCAGCGGUUCGGGUUGGAGCGCGGCGGGCAUCCGUUGGGCGUGCAACCCCUAGGGAACCUCUUCCUGCGCUCCGACCAUAACCCCCUUAAACCCCUCCGCAACGCGCGCGACGCGGGGCUCGGCGCACUGCGGCGCCUGCCGGACCCAAUCCUGCUGGACAUCGUGGGGCGGCUGCCCGCCGAGUCGCUGUGCCACGUGGGCAUGGCGAGCCGCGCGCUGCACGUGGUGGCGCACCAGGAGGAGCUGUGGCGCGCGCUGGUGCUGGAAUCCGCGGAAGGCGGGUUCGAAUGGGAGGCGAGCUGGCGGUGGACUUACGUGAAAUGGCGCAUGGGCGCACGGGCGCAGGCGGAGGGAGAGGGGGAGGGGAAGGGAGGGGAAGCAAGCAGGGAAGGGAAGGGCGUGAAACGGAAGGAGAAGCAUGGGGAGGAGCGCGGGGUGUUGCAGUACCGACCGCCAUUGAAGGUGCGCCUCGCUGACCAGAACCUGAUUCUCUUCCACCCACCAAACCACCCCCGUACCGGACUUCUAUUCGGACUAUUUCUUCCAGAGCUGGCUCUGCACCAGCCUCGCCCUGCCGCCCGCCUGGACCACCCACGACAACAUCCCGCGCGUCGCCGCCACCUCCCUCUCGCCCGCCGACUUCGCCGCCCGCUUCGAGCGCCCCGGGCGGCGGUGAUCAUCACAGGCGCCAUCAACCACUGGCCGGCGUUGUCCCGGUGGCAGGACCGUGCGUACCUGUGUGGCGCAGCGGGCGACAGUGCGUUUGCGUGCGGGCCGGUGGAGCUGAGCUUGGAUCAGUACUGGCGGUAUGCGGAUGGAGUGCAGGAGGAGCGGCCGCUGUACGUGUUUGACCCGCGGUUGGGGAAAAGGCGCCUGCUCUGUUGGGAGACUAUGAGGUGCCCGAGUACUUCCGAGAGGACCUCUUCCAAGUGCUGGACCUGGGGACGGGUGGUGGGGAGAAUGGAGGGGAGAACGGGGGUGAGCGGGGCGCGGGUGGAGCUGGGGGAGAAGGGGGAGAUGGGGGGGCAAGGGAAGAAGGAGGAGACGAGUGGGCGACCUGAUUUUCGGUGGCUGAUCAUGGGCCCUGCCCGGGCGGGGUCAUCAUGGCACAUAGACCCCAACUCCACGUGCGCCUGGAACGCCGUCAUCACCGGCUCCAAGAAGUGGAUCCUCUUCCCGCCCAACGAGGGCCCGCCACCUGGCGUGCGUGCGAGCCCCGAUGGUGCUGACGUGGCGGCGCCGGUGUCGAUCACGGAGUGGUUUAUGAAUUACUACGAGGAGAUGCGGCGGGGGCCGGUGACGGCGUAUGAGGGCGUGUGUGCGGCGGGCGAGGUGAUGUUUGUGCCGCAUGGAUGGUGGCACAUCGUGCUCAACCUGGAGGAGUCCAUUGCUCUCACUCAGAACUAUGUCUCCAGCGCGAACCUGUUGGAUGUGAUGCGGUUCCUGCAGCGGCCCAAUGCGCGUGUACUGGUGUCAGGCAUGGGCGAGGGGCAGCGCGAGGGGCUGCACGACCGCUUCCGUGAGUGCCUGGCGGUGCACCGCCCAGGGCUGCUGGAGAGGGAGGAGAGGGACGAGGAGGAGCGCGAGCUCAGACGCAAGCAGAAGGCUGCUUUCUGGGAGCAAGCAGCUAAUGCGGGUGAUGGGGGGUUCAGAUUUGGAUUUUAG